UUUUGUAAUUAUUCUGGAAGAACAUCAUCAUUAUCAAAUUGGGCUAAAAAUCAAACAGAAACAGAAACAGAAACAUAGAGACUGAAAGCUAGAAAAUUUGAGAGAAAAACAAAAACAAAAACAAAAUGGAAAAGAGAAACUAGAGAGGGUCUGCUUCUGGGUCUGGGUUUGGACAAUUGGUCAGGUCAAGACAGUUAGGGUGGGUUGAGUCUGUGUUGUGUGGUAGUGGUGGUGGUGAAGGUGAAGGUGAAGGUGGCUGAGUCUUCCUUCACAUAAAUACAUAUAUUACAUACUUAAUUUGAGUCUAUAAUCAUUCAGAAUAAUUGGGCUAAAUUUGUUUUGACCCCAAUUGUGAACUCAGGAAUUCCAUCUGGGUGCAACCUCAGACCUCGAUUUUUGUUGUUGGUAGUCCCGGUUUUGAGCUUGUGCAUGGCUGGGAUUGAUGACAAUGUUGCUAUAAUUGGAGAUUGGGUGCCUCCAAGUCCAAGCCCAAGAACAUUUUUCUCUGCAAUGUUAGGUGAGGAUAUUGGGUCCAGACCAUUGGUCUCAGAACCUCCCAGCAGUAAUAGAAGUGAAGGACUCUUUCUGGGACGACCUCCAGACCAAAUGGUGUCAGGAAAUAGAGCUGUAAACAACAAUGGUACACUACAAGGCUGUCUUUCCAGUGACAAGCUCACUGAAUUUGGUUCAUUUUCUGAGCAAAAAUCCGGCUCACGUGGUGGCCUAGUUGAAAGGAUGGCAGCCAGAGCUGGAUUUAAUGCUCCCAGGUUGAAUACAGAAAGCAUUAGAUCGGCUGACCUGUCUUUGAGUUCUGACAAUCGUUCUCCUUACUUAACAAUACCUCCUGGUCUCAGUCCCACUACACUGCUAGAUUCUCCUGUUUUCCUUUCCAAUUCUCUGGCACAGCCAUCUCCAACAACUGGAAAAUUCCCAUUUGUUUCAAAUGUUGACGGUAGGAGCUUGACAUUGAUGCCAGAGGCACCUGAUAAAAGUAAAGAUAGUCUUUUUGAAGAUAUCAAUACCUCAUCGUUUGCUUUCAAGCCUAUGCCAGAACCAGGCACCUCUUUCUUUUUCGGCACUUCAAGCAAAAUGACACCAGCCACUCUUCCUCAACAAUCCUUUCCAAGAAUUGAGGUUUCUGUUCAGUCAGAGAAUUCUCUUCAAAGUGCAGAACCUACCAAAGUUCAAACACAGAAUAGAAGCAACCUCCAUCCUCAGGCAGACUUCUCUCGAUCAUCUACUGAAAAGGAUAAUGGGGCUAAUACUAUCUCGGUAGAUCAAAGAGCCUUUGAUGCUGUUGGUGGUAUUGUCGAACAUUCUCCACCACUUGAUGAGCAACCAGAUGAAGAAUCAGAUCAAAGAGGCAAUGGAGAUCCCAUGGCUGCAGGUGGUGGUGGUGCACCAUCUGAGGAUGGAUAUAAUUGGAGAAAAUAUGGACAAAAACAAGUAAAAGGGAGUGAAUAUCCACGCAGUUAUUACAAGUGCACUCAUUCAAAUUGUCCGGUUAAAAAGAAAGUAGAACGAUCUCAUGAGGGCCACAUAACAGAGAUCAUCUACAAGGGGGCCCAUAACCACCCUAAACCUCCUCCAAAUCGGCGAUCAGCCAUUGGUUCUGGUAACCCACUUGUGGACAUGCAACUAGAUAUCCCUGAACAAGCUGUGCCGCAAAGUGGUGCUGAUGGUGAACCAGUUUGGGCAAGUACACAAAAGGGAGUUGUUGCUGGGGCUUCUGAUUGGAGGCAUGACAACCUUGAGGUGACAUCAUCAGCGUCUGUGGGCCCUGAGUACCAAUCUGCCUCUGUGCAGGCUCAGAAUGGUACUCACUUUGAAUCAGGUGAUGCAGUGGAUGCAUCAUCUACUUUUUCCAAUGAUGAAGACGAAGAUGACAGGGGGACUCAUGGCAGUGUGUCAUUAGGUUAUGAUGGUGAAGGAGAUGAAUCUGAGUCCAAGAGAAGGAAAAUUGAAGCUUAUGCAACAGAAAUGAGUGGAGCCACUAGAGCUAUUCGUGAACCUAGAGUUGUGGUCCAGACAACCAGUGAGGUAGACAUCCUUGAUGAUGGAUAUCGUUGGCGCAAGUAUGGUCAGAAAGUUGUGAAAGGAAAUCCAAAUCCAAGGAGUUACUACAAGUGCACCAGUGCAGGUUGUACAGUAAGGAAGCAUGUGGAGAGGGCAUCACAUGAUCUUAAGUCAGUGAUCACCACUUAUGAGGGAAAGCACAAUCAUGAUGUUCCUGCAGCUCGCAAUAGUAGUCAUGUAAAUUCUGGCGCCUCUAGUGCAGUACCUGCCCAAGCUUCUGCUGCUGCCGCAGUUCAAGCUCAUGUUCACAGGCCCGAGCCAUCACAAGUUCACCCAGGCAUGGCAAGGUUUGAAAGGCCUGCUUCACUCGGAUCGUUCAGCCUACCUGGAAGGCAGCAGAUGGGGCCUUCCCAUGGCUUCUCGUUUGGAAUGGGUCAACCAGGCCUGGCCAAUCUAGCAAUGGCUGGGUUGGGUCCUGGCCAAGGCAAGCUCCCUGUAAUGCCUGUUCAUCCAUACUUGGCACAGCAACAACGCCAGGUGAAUGAAAUGGGUUUCUUGUUGCCAAAAGGAGAACCCAAGGUGGAGCCUAUGUCUGAGCCUGGUCUGAACCUGUCUAAUGGUUCAUCAGUAUACCAACAAAUUAUGAGUAGGCUGCCACUUGGGCCUCAGAUGUAAAUUUCUCAUUUCUAUUUUUCUAUGGGAAAGUAGGAACGUUUACUUUUCUAUAUAUAUGCAUAUAUGGUCAUUUUCAA